AUGGCAACCAUGCAGGUUUCAAACAUUGUUCUUGUCUUUUCAGUUGUGUUUAAAUUCAUUGCGAUGAUUAUUGGAGUUUUGGGAAAUAUCACAGUCAUAAUUUAUACAAUUUUCUCGGGCAAAGAAAAGACAGCGACAUCUUACUUGGUAGGAAACUUGGGACUGGCAGAUCUUCUCGUGUGUUUAACAUUUUAUCCAAUAUCGAUCAUUGAGCUGAUACAGAUUAUAUUAAACAUUGGCAAUGAUCAGGAUCUAUUCUGUAAGUUGCAUCGUUCUACCAUCUGGGCAUUGCUGUUUGCUUCAGUGGCUACACUUCUCGCAAUUACUGUUGAUCGGUAUUUGUAUAUUAUAAAACCUCUGAAGUAUCCACUGAUUGUGACAAAACGACGAGUUUUUCUCGCUAUUUGGGGAAUUUGGUUAGCUGUCUGUUGUCUUUGCACUGUCUUAGUAUUUCGUUUUCGGAGAUCAGUUGACUCUGGACUAAGGAGUCUUUGCUCCGCAGAUGAACAUACGUACUUGUUAUUGAAGAUCUUUGUUGGUUAUGUUCCACUUAUUUUAAUCUUUAUUCUCAAUUUCCAAAUUUUCAAUGUCGCACGGAAACAGCGGAAACGAAUCUUGGCUGAAGCAACGGUAACCAUUAACAUUUCCAGCGAAAUGUCAUCCAAAAGACUGAUUGGCAUCGUCCGUCUUCUCGUCGGUUUCAAGGCAGCUAAGACAUUUGCUAUCGUUGUCGCACUGUUAACAUUCUGUGUCCUUACUCCAACUGUGGUUAGCAAAGCGAUAAGAAGUUGUACGGAGCCAUGUCGUCAGAUGUGGUUCAUCGUUUUCCAAUACGAUUUUUAUGGAAUGAACUCAAUUGUGAACGCAUUCAUCUAUGGAUUGAGACAUAUCAAAUACAGAAAAGCUUAUGGAAAUAUUCCUUUGAAAUUGCUUUGCUGUAAUAAACUCACAAAUUGA